AUGAGAACCACACUGCUGCUCAUGGCUAUUCUGGUCCUGGGUGUUGGAAGGAGCUGCCAAGCUGUUUGUGAGGAAUCCCAGGAACAAGGGGCAUUUGGUGGGGGCCACAGCAAGAAGGUCUUGGAUCUCUACCAGCUCCCUCCGUCCCUGCUCCGGAGGCUGUAUAAUAGCCGAUCUCUCUCUCUGGAUGGGUUGCUGAGGCUGCUGAGCAAGACAAGUGUGGAUCCUAAGGAGACCAUGGAUUUCCAGAAACGUGACAUGCAUGACUUCUUUGUGGGGCUCAUGGGGAAGAGGAAUAUACAGUCAGAACCACCUAUGGAGGUGAACCCAGAAAACUUCCCUGGUUUUGGUGACCCCAAGUAUUCCACCAAUUCAGAAUGAGCAGAUUUCUUCAGACUGGCUGUUGGAAUGGAAGCCAAGAGUCUUGCAACAGACAAAGAAAAUGUGCUUUUUUUUGCCAGAGUCUCCCAUACUGUCCACUCCCAGAGACUCUGGCCUGCAUUUUGAAGAUGUUUUGCCU